AUGACUGUGCCUUCACUCUUCUCAGCCCUGCCAUCACACCCGAUCUUCAGGCCAGCGGCCCACUUCAUCCCUCUCUCAGGCCAGUCUCUGACUUCAAGCAGUGCAGUCCCUCUCUUUGCUACUCUAGCUGACAGUUCUUAUAAAGCUCUCAGUGUUGUCAGUAUGAUCAGUCUUCAAGACUCUGCUGCAACUGCAUGUGCUCUGAUGUCUGACUUCUCUGAAGUCUGUGCAUUUCUGACAGUCUUCACAUCAAAUGCAACAAUUGUUCUUAGCAAAGAUCAUGCCAUUCUGGCUUAUCAGAAUUCACAGCAUGAAAGUCAUAUCUCAGCUUCUGCAGAUGUCUUAUCUGCCUGA